CCUCUGCAAGAUGAUUUAUCAAUUCUCCAGCCCUGGGGGGGUGGCGCAUCUCCUUAGGAGGGAGGCUGGCUGGGAAGAUGGGGGCAGGGUCCUGACAAUUCCCAGUGUGGACUCCCAGAGUCUGCGGAUGGAAGUCAGGCAUGAGAAGGCAGCGAGGUCAGGAGGAUUGAGCCACUUCCGCUUCCUGUACCCAGAAUCAGCACGUUAACCUCUCAUUUCCAGAGAAUAUCUCCUUCCCACACGCUGCCCAGCACCAGGAAACCUGAACCCAGAGCACCGCAGUCCCAGCCACUUGCAGCCCCCGGGUGGCCAGGGAUCCCCCCCGAUCGCCACGCCCGCCAGGCCCUGUGCAAAAUGCAGCCCGCGGGCCUCGAGGGUCCCCAUGCGCUCCGGCCUCUGCUGCCUCUUUUGUUCCUGCUCCUGCUGCUGCUCCUACCGCUACCCGUAACCCGCGCCCAGACGGCGCCCAGCACUCCUGGCGCGCCCACCACGAAGGGUGCCCCUGGCACCACCACCACACCAGGUGCCCGUAGCGCCUCAACCACGCCAGGCACUCCCAGCUCCCUGGCCCUGGAAGAGCGCGCACGGGCCCUGAUGCGGGACUUCCCACUUGUGGAUGGCCACAAUGAUCUGCCCCUGGUCCUGAGACGGUUUUCCAAGAAUGGGAUACAGGAAAUUAACCUGCGAAACUUCAGCCAUGGCCAGACCAGCCUGGACAGGCUUAGAGAUGGCUUCGUGGGUGCCCAGUUCUGGUCAGCCUACGUCCCAUGCCAGACGCAGGACCAGGAUGCCCUGCGCCUCACCUUGGAGCAGAUUGACCUCAUCCGCCGCAUGUGUGCCUCCUACUCUGAGCUGGAGCUUGUGACUUCAGUUGAAGCUCUGAACAACACCUGGAAAUUGGCCUGCCUCAUUGGUGUGGAGGGUGGCCACUCACUGGACAGCAGCCUCUCUGUGCUGCGCAGUUUCUAUGUGCUGGGAGUGCGCUACCUGACGCUCACCCACACCUGCAACACACCCUGGGCUGAGAGCUCAGCUAAGGACAUCCACCCCUUCUACAGCAAUGUCAGUGGACUCUCCAGCUUUGGUGAGAAGGUGAUAGCAGAAAUGAACCGCCUGGGCAUGAUGGUAGACUUGUCCCAUGUCUCUGACGCCGUGGCUCGGCGGGCCCUGCAAAUAUCGCAGGCCCCUGUGAUCUUCUCCCACUCAGCUGCCCGGAGCGUGUGUAAGAACGCUCGGAAUGUUCCUGAUGACAUCUUGCAGCUUCUGAAGAAGAAUGGUGGCAUCGUGAUGGUGUCCUUGUCCGUAGGGGUACUGCAGUGCAACCUGUUAGCCAAUGUGUCCACUGUGGCAGAUCACUUUGACCACAUCAAGGAAGUCAUUGGAUCCAAGUUCAUUGGCAUUGGCGGAGAUUAUGGUGGAACCAGCCAGUUCCCCCAGGGACUGGAGGACGUGUCCAAAUACCCAGCGCUGAUAGAGGAGUUGCUGAGGCGGGGCUGGAGAGAGGAAGAACUUCAAGGUGUGCUUCGUGGAAACCUGCUGCGGGUCUUCAGCCGAGUGGAACAGGUACGGGAGGAAAACAAGUGGCAAAGCCCCCUGGAGGACAAGUUCCCAGAGGAGCAGCUGGAGAGUACCUGCCGCUCCAUCCAACCACGUUUGCGUCGGCGACACUAUCUGCUUUCAGACGAGAAACCAGCUGAGGUUCCAACACAUUGGCCACUCACAUUAUCAUCCAAGUUGUCACUCUCAAAAUCCUCCCCCAACAGGGCCUCAGGGCUCAUGAUUGUCGCCACCUUUCCAAUCCUUAUUCUGUGGCUCUAAUGACCCAGUUAGUGCUGCCAAACGCCACUGACAGCCACAGACACCCCCACAGAAUCCCCCCUUUGUGUUGAUAUAAGCAUUUCCUAGAAAAUAAAUAUU